AAGUAAGAUCCAUAAUUCUCUUUGACUGAAUGCGGAUUUUUCCUAACGAAAAUGUUCCUCCGGAAGGAUUAGGAGGUUACACCGUUUAUGGAUUAGAGCUGCGGCGUCUGGCUCGCGCUUUUGUUUACAUCAGUUUUCCAUUUAUUCUCAAACGCUCAGAGUCCACUGGACCUCCAGAACAAAAAGUGUGAAUAUGUGACGGUAUUCCUGUGACCUGUGGAAGCAGAAGUAUUAGCAGUCACUACAUUAGGGCAAGUUUGGAGUGUAAACAUGUUCACCGCUUCCCAAACCUCCAAAACCCAGUUCCUGGAUAAAGCCAGGAUAGCACGGGAGGAAAGGAAAGGUUCUAAAGAGAAAGAGAAGGCUGCCACACAAAUCCAGGCCCUGGUUAGAAGAUUUCUCUGCCGUUGCAGACUGCAAAGAGAAAUAAGGAAAGAGGUGGAUGACUUCAUUGCAGUCAGCGACGCCGGUUCAACAAAAAGAAAUGCAUUGUCCAUCUUCAAAAUCGCUAGAAAGUUAUUAUUCAUAUUGAGCAAGGAGGAUAAGUUGAGGUUUGAGAAGCUGUGUAGAAUUAUACUAAGUAGCAUGGAUGUGGAGAACGAACCUAAAGUAUGGUAUGUAUCCCUGGCCCUUUCAAAAGAUCUCACCAUCCCCUGGCUGAAACAGAUCAAAGACGUGCUCUGGGUCUCUUGUGAAUUUCUGAAAAAACUGAAGCCUGACAUACUGCAAGAUAAUAAAUUAGUGACGCUGUACCUGUCAAUGCUGAUAACCUUCACUGACACAUCGACGUGGAAAAUCAUCCGAGGGAAGGGAGAGGCCCUCAAGCCUGCUUUAAACAGAAUUUGUGAGAACAUCAUGGGACAUCUCAAUCAGAAGGGCUUCUACUCUGUUCUUCAGAUUCUGCUUACAAAUGGAUUGGCAAGAUCCAGACCUUCCCUUUCCAAAGGAACCCUCACGGCCAUUUUUACGCUGUCACUCAGGCCUGUUAUCGCUGCACAUUUCUCAGACAACCUGCUGAGGUCUUUCCUUCUCCACAUCAUGUCUGUUCCAGCAUUCAUCUCGCACCUCAACACACUCACUCCAGAUUGUAUGGUCACUAUCCAAACCCAUGACCUUUUCCGCAAGUUUGUCUUGUUUUUAAGUCGAGAGGAGCAGUGCUUGGAUAUCUGUGUUUGUCUGGAAGGAAGCCACACUCUGUGCUUACUGGGUAACCUCAUUCAGCUGGGGUACUUUAAUGUAAAAGUUCUAGAGCAGGAAGCAGGUCACUUUGUCAAGGAUCUGACAGAUAUGUUGUCAUACUCUCAGAGAUAUGUGUUUCAGAAGAAAUCCAAUCUCACACACUGGCACCCAGUGUUGGGCUGGUUCUCCCAGACUGUUGACUAUGGGCUUAAUGAGUCUAUGCCGUUGGUAACAAAGCAGUUACAGUGUCUGUGGGGAGUUCCAGUGAUCUGCACUCUCUUCUGUGAUGUUCUCAGCAAAAAGCUAGAAACUCAAGAUCCCACUCCACCUCCCCCUGCUCCAUCAAGCUCAUUACAGAAUAAUCUGCCUGUCAAAAAUCUGUUCAAGCGAGCGUUCCAGAAGUCUGCAUCUGUGCGGAACAUCCUGAAACCAGUCGGAGGGAAGCGUGUGGACUCGGCUGAGGUCCAGAAGGUGUGCAGUAUUUGUGUGCUGUAUCAGACGGCCCUCACCACACUCACGCAGAUCCGCCUGCAGAUUCUCACAGGACUGACGUAUCUGGAUGAGCUGCUGCCUAAGCUGUGGGCAUUCAUCUGUGAGCUUGGCCCUCAGGGAGGACUCCGACUCUUCCUGGAGUGUCUCAAUAAUGACACGGAAGAGUCCAAACAGCUUCUGGCCAUGCUGAUGCUCUUCUGUGACUGCUCCAGACAUCUCAUCACAAUUCUGGAUGACAUAGAGGUGUAUGAGGAACAGAUUUCUUUUAAAAUGGAAGAGCUUGUUACCAUCUCCUCGUUCCUCAACACAUUCAUUUACAAGAUGAUCUGGGAUGGUAUUUUAGAGAAUGCCAAAGGAGAGAAGCUGGACUUAUUCCACAGUGUUCACGGCUGGCUGAUGGUUCUGUAUGAGCGGGACUGUCGCAGGAGAUUCACACCUGAAGAGCACUGGCUCCGCAAGGAUUUGAAGCCCAGCCUGUUGUUUCAAGAGCUGGAGAAAGGCAAAAAAAGAGCACAGCUGCUACUCCAGUACAUUCCUCACGUCAUACCACACAAAAAUAGGGUGCUGUUGUUCCGGAACAUUGUGACAAAAGAGAAGGAGACUCUAGGAUUAGUGGAAACAAGCUCCGCCUCUCCCCAUGUGACUCAUAUAACCAUUCGCCGCUCGCGCAUGUUGGAGGAUGGUUACGAUCAGCUGCGGCGUCUGCCUGUCAACUCCAUUAAGGGAGUGAUCCGAGUGAAGUUUGUGAAUGACUUAGGCAUGGACGAGGCUGGAAUUGACCAGGACGGUGUCUUUAAAGAGUUCUUAGAAGAGAUCAUCAAGAAGGUUUUCAACCCAGCGCUCAAUCUGUUUAAGACCACUAGUGGGAAUGAGAGAUUAUAUCCCUCCCCAACCUCCAGCAUCCACGAGAACCACCUUCAGCUGUUUGAAUUUGUUGGGAAGAUGCUCGGAAAGGCCAUGUAUGAAGGCAUAGUAGUGGACGUGCCAUUCGCCUCUUUCUUUCUCAGUCAGGUUUUGGGUCACCAUCACAGCACCUUCUACAGCUCCAUAGAUGAGCUGCCCUCUCUUGACUCAGAGUUCUAUAAAAACCUCACCUCCAUUAAGCGUUAUGAUGGGGAUGUCAGUGAUCUGGGUCUGACUUUGUCUUAUGAUGAAGAGGUGAUGGGGCAGUUAGUCUGUCAUGAGCUAAUUCCUGGUGGAAAGACCAUGCCUGUCACUAAUGAAAACAAGAUCAGCUACAUCCACCUGAUGGCCCACUUUCGCAUGCACACCCAGAUCAAGGAACAGACGGCCGCAUUCAUCAGGGGCUUCCGCAGCAUCAUCAACCCAGAGUGGCUGCACAUGUUCUCCACCCCUGAGGUCCAGAGGCUCAUCUCUGGAGACAACGCUGAGAUAGACCUGGAUGAUCUCAAGAAGCACACGGUGUACUACGGAGGUUUCCAUAGCAGCCACAGAGUCAUUCUUUGGCUGUGGGACAUUCUCUCCAGUGACUUUUCCCCUGAGGAGAGAGCCAUGUUCUUGAAGUUUGUCACCAGCUGCUCAAGACCUCCUCUGCUUGGAUUUGCCUACCUCAAACCCCCUUUCUCCAUCCGUUGCGUGGAAGUGUCAGAUGAUCAGGACACAGGUGACACUUUAGGUAGCGUUCUGCGCGGCUUUUUUACCAUUCGUAAGAAGGAGCCAGGUGGUCGCCUCCCUACAUCCUCCACCUGUUUCAACCUGCUCAAGCUGCCCAACUACAGCAAGAAAAGCAUCCUCAGAGACAAACUCCGCUACGCAAUCAGCAUGAACACUGGCUUUGAGCUUUCAUAACCCAACAAGUUUAUUCUACCCAUACAAACUCAUCCAUCUACAAAUACGAAAACUGGCAGUGGCUGAGCUAAAGUGGCCUCACAAAGGUUGAAGUUGGAGACAUAAUGAUUUCAAUCUUGCUUUGUUGACAUUUUGGCCUUCAGCUAAGACCCUUAAACUUGAGUUGCUCAAGGAGAAUUUUUUCAUCACUUUGUAAUCUGUCUUGUCUACCAAAUGGCAAGUGAAUGAAGCAACAUACACACGUGUCCAGUCAGACUUAGAGACUUGGAGAAGUUCAACCAUAGAAGUAUAUUAAAAAGUGUGAACAUUUAUCUACAGAGUUGUUUUUGAACCACUUAAAGGUCCAUAUUUAGUGUCAUGUUCUUCAUUCUCAGCAUUUGAAGCCAAAAGAGCUCCAAACGCCUUAUACAAUCAGUUUUAAACCAGCUCAAUUUAAUGUUGUCAAGUCAGGAUCCUUCUGACCCCUAAUACAUCAACUUCAUUUGAAUAACUAAAUGGGGCUUAGUCUUUAUUGGCUUCUAAGCACUGCGUCCUUUCGUUGACAAACACUCCUAAACCUCCUCUUAAAGUUACAGAAGAUACAGCGGUGGAUGUACAGAUCUGCAGAAACAGUUCAGCGUUGUCUCUCAGGUCUCCGUGUCUCACUUCUCCAGGAAGGGAACAGGAAAGCAAUACUAAAGCACUGCAAGCCAUACAACUCAAGACACAAAUGAGGCUUUUGCCUGUUUGUUAGGCAAAUGCUUUCAAGCCCAUAGCUGAAGCUUGAGGACUUGAGGAUCGAGCUUUAAGAGGAAACCCAGCACUGUUGAUCGACUUAAGCGUGUCAGAGCCAGCAGUAUGUCAGAUAUGAGACGUCCCUGCAGAGAUACACUUCUCCUUUACGACUUUCUCUUCACAUACACUACAGAGCCCUUUCCAGAAUCGGCCUCAUGUCAUAGUGACAUUUCUUUUUGCUCAUGAUAUUAUACUCAUUAUUCUGUUCAUGCUUUUUAGCCCUAACGCUGUCUUCAUGUCAAACUCAUGUAUUCAUUAAGAUCAAUUCCUUGUCUUGGACUUUUUAAUUGAUGAAGGUGGACUGGCUAACCACUAAAAGGAAUUUUACUCAUGACAAACCACUCUCCCUGUCAUCUCCCGCUAACUCUUUGCUCAUCAUUGCGGUGUAUACUACUGGAUUUAAGCCAUACAGUAGAGAUGCCUAGCUAUCAAACCAGCUCUCAUAGGGACUUUUCUUAAAGGGAAAGUGUUGCAGUGACUUCCCUGAAAGGUUCAGUGGAAUCUCACGAAAUGUUUUUCCAGGAGACAAAAAAAAAAUCUCCCUUUGCAUGAUGUCACUAAAUGAUUAAAAUGAUUCCGUGUCACAGAAUUCAUAGUCUGCUGUUGAUAUUGCGUUGAUUGUUCUUUUUCCAUUGUUUUGUUAUAAAGAAGGUUAGGGUUAAUCUGUUAAGAAAUGUUUGGGUUGUUUUUUUCCCCCCAAAAUUUAAAGAAAAUUACGUUUUGCAAAAAGGAAGUGAAGCCCACUUUUAAGUCUGUUAAGAUUUAAAUUAACCAUCAAGAAAACAUCAUGGUAGUAUUUAUUCACGGAUGUUAUUUGAACUAAAAUUAUUAUUUUUAAUCAUUGUAUCAGGCUUCAUUUUGUUAAUGCAAAAUAUGAUUUCUUACUUUGCUUUCCUUUGAUUUUGGGGUGAAUUAUGGCCUGGACAUUUCUUCAUGAGAUUCACCCUUGGUUUCAGGUCUUUAAAAAGCAGUAAUCGGCUGUAGUUAUUCCAGAAUAUUUAUUGUAUGCAAACCCUCUUUCCCUUUGUAUGCCGUAUAUGCAAAAUUAUAGAGGUAAACAUUGUCUGCCCAGCCUCCUCCAUAAAUCAAGGCAUGGAAGUAUCUUCUGAUGUAUAGAGUCCUUUGUAGAUGUAAAAAACUGGCUUUAAGCUCAUGUAACUUUUUUUGUAUGCAUUGCUGUUUAUGUUAAGUUAUAAAUGUACUGUCCUAAUGCACAAGGGCUUAGGCUGAGUCCAAUAGCAGAGUUUUGUAUUUAAAUUAACAGACAUUAACAUGCUGUUCCCUUUGAAAGAUGUUCAAGUGCUCUAGUUGGUGUUAUGGAUGAGGAAUGUGUUUGGCAUAAUGCUGUAAAUGCAAAAAUAUUCACAUGGACUGUGCUGUGUAUGGUGAAACGACUCAGCUGAAUUUCAUGAUGUCACAGAAUCCUGCUCUCUCUCUGAUAGGGAUGCAACAACCUUUAAAGUGUCUGGUCUCUAUUCCUUCGCCUGAUGAUGAAGUGUCUUUUGAAUUUGGUUGCACUACGUGAACUGCAGGUUGUUAUAUACACAGUAUAUUACAAAGCAAUGGCAUUGUAAAGUUCUUCAUGUGUACAGUAAUGUUUCCUCUGUAAAAUGUAAACUUGAUUGUCGAACAAACAUACAGAUAUUUGGAUAUCCAAAUCUUAAAACUUUACUAAACAACAAAGAAUGUGCACUGUCAUUUAUUAUU